AUGUACGCCGAAAACAUGUGGUCGAAGGCUUUUUGGAUACCCUUUUGGACCCUUCAACUGGUCUCGGCAAGCAUAUUUUUGGCAAUAUCGGCAGUAUCUCUGGGGAUCUGGAGAAGUUCCGGUGACGACUACGAUUAUGGGAUCGACACGGAACUUACCAAGCACCCGCAAAGAUUGGACAGCGCYGUCAAUGUGGUUUCCGGUGUUUUCAUCGGAAUCUCCGCCCUGACUAUUGCGAUGAACGGGAUCGAGAUCAUUCUGUUUGCUCGGAAACGAUUAAGCGCGGUAUCGGUAGUCGUAUUCAACUCGGUCACCACAGCCUUAUGGCUCGGGAUGGUAGUGCUUCUUGCCCUCGCAGCUGUCGGUGGGGCGGCGCCAGUAUUUACUUGGAUCGUUAUCAUCGUUGCUUUUGCCGCUAGCACAGGCAAGCUUGCAUAUGGUUCCGUCAUUCUGCAUCGUUCCCGUAAGCGGUUUACCCACCGAAAAGGCGCAUAUACUUCGGCAGCUGCAGCAGUGGAGUCCGGACUCGACUCGUCACCAAGCGGACCUCACACCGCGUACAAUGCGCACGACACUGCCUUACGCCAUGUCGCACCAUCUGCUUAUCAGCACUCCAGUGGCGCAGCAGACGAAUACUACGACCCCGAAAGCAUGCGUAGCGCUCGGUGCGCAUGA